AUGGCAGUGGCUGAGACACAGCUGUAUGCAAAGGUGGCCAACAAGCACAGGAGUAAAAGCACCUCUGCCCUCCUUGAGUCUCUCCUCGCCAAAGGAUUCCCAGCUCAUAUCGCGCAAAAAGCUUUGGUUGCUACUGGACAAAAGACAAUAGAAGACGCUGCAAAAUGGUUGAAUUCCCACUGCAAUGAUCCCUCUCUGGAUGACCCAAUCCCUCAGGAAUAUGCUCUUUACUUGUGUCCCACUGGCCGUCUGCACAACCACCUGCAAGAGUUCUGGAAGGAGAGCAAGCGCCAGUGUGGGAAAAACAAAGCCCAUGAGGUUUUCCCACACAUCACCCUCUGCGAUUUCUUCACGUGUGAAGAUCAGAAAGUGGAAUUAUUGUAUGACACCUUAAAGCGAGUCGGUGACAGCUUUUCUCAGCACUUCCCACCAGCCAUUUCCCUCACAUUACAUUCAUCCCCCAGCUACCUUGGCUUCUUCAUUGAUGACAGCCAUGCAAACGUCCUCAAAGAGUUUGCUCUGGCAUUCUCAUCAGAGGCUUCAGCCCUGGCAGACUGCCAUGUGAAGCCCUGCACGAAGCAGUUCCACCUUACCUUGGCUCACAAGUUUUAUCCUCACCAUCUGAAGACUUUGGAGCAGUUGGCCAAAUGCAUUAACCCAGGGGAGUCCUGUCAGUGGGUAGCUGCUCUCUACUCCCGGGACAUGCGUUUUGUGCAUUACCAGAGGCUGAGAGCCCUCUUCCAGUACAAGCCCCAGCACAUUGAUGAGCUCAUGAUCAACGCUGGGGACUUCAUCUACGUUGACCCAACACAUCAGUCUGAUGUGAGCGAAGGUUGGGUGAUCGGGACCUCCCAUCGGACUGGCUGCAGGGGUUUUCUUCCAGAAAACUACACUGAGAAGGCCCACGAGUCAGACACCUGGGUUAAGCACAGGGAAUAUGUUUUUGUAACAGCUUCAAGAUCCUUCACCCAGACUGAAAAGGACCCUAAUGUAAAGCUGAAUGGAGAAGCCCAUAAUCCUAGUAGACCAAGGAGUGUGACAAAUGUGCUUUCCCUUGAGCUGCCUCCGAACACUGCCCUGCGAAGAGGAGUGUUCGUGAUGCGCCACGGUGAUCAGGUCUUUGGCAAAUCUUGGCUUCAACAGUGCUUGACUGCAGAUGGAAAAUACUACAGAGCAGAUCUGAACUUCCCCUCCAUCCUGCCGAAGCGGAGGGACAGCAUGAAGCAGUUUGAAUAUGAUCCUCCUUUAUCUAGCUGUGGUAUUUUCCAGUCCAGGAUUACAGGGGAAGCUCUGCUGGACCAGGAGGUGGUGAUCAGCUACGUGUACUCCUCCCCUGCCCUCCGCUGCAUACAGACAGCUCAGCAUGUACUGCGGGGACUUAAAUUAGAUCAAAAAGUCAAAAUCAGGGUGGAACCAGGACUAUUUGAAUGGACCAAGUGGGAAGCAAACAUUCCCAACUUCAUGACUGUGGCAGAACUGGCAGAAGCAUCUUACAACAUAGAUACAAAUUACAGGGGUAACUUCCCACCCUCUUCUCUGGUGCCAUCGGAAAGUUUUGAAGACUAUGUAAGCAGAAGCUCUGCGGUUAUAAAACAGAUCAUCACUGCCUGCCCCAGCAAAGGAAUCAUUCUCAUCGUAGGCCAUGGCUCUUCCUUGGCAUCUUUCACACGACCUCUGAUUGGGCUCCCCAGCAGAGACAGCAGUGACUUUGCCCAGGUGGUACGGAAGAUCCCUUCACUGGGAAUGUGUUUCUGUGAGGAACUGAAAGAGGAGAACAAAUGGCAAAUGGUUAACCCUCCAGUGAAGACGUUGACUCAUGGAGCAAAUGCAGCAUUUAACUGGAGAAACAGCAUCAUGCAAGAUUAA